GAGAAAACAAAUCUAUUUCAAAUGUCUUGCAGUGAUGUGAGGGAACGCUUUCAUUACAUAAUCCUAUUAAUCGUUGUUAUCAUUCAAACAAUGAAAGAAUAUAAUUGGAGUGACAAACAGUUUUGGAUCCUAUUUCCCGAUUGUUUGCUUGUAUUUGUUGCCGAAAUAUUUGUCGAUUGGUUUAAACACGCAUUCGUUACCCGUUUUAAUGAGAUUUCAUUUGAAGUGUAUGAGGAAUACUCCGUUAGUCUGGCAUAUGAUUUGGCCUCAAGUAAACUCAGAAGUGCGUUUUCCGAUCACUCGGAUCUUGUGUCCCGAAGAAUGGGUUUCAUUCCUUUGCCACUCGGGGUUCUCGUCAUACGAAUACUCAGCGGUUCUUUGAAUCUGAACUGUUGGUACGGAUGGGUUUGCCUUUUUGUUUCCUAUCUUUGUUUGAUGAGUUUCAAACUGGUGAUCAAUAUAGUACUGUUAGGACAGGCCUGUGAUCUCAUUGACGCCCACAGGCAGUCACUGGACAACAAAGUGGGCGCUCUUUCGCGGCAAUACACAAGCCUUCCGGCCAGUCGUCAUAAUAGCUGUGAUGACAUACCGACUGCGGUCUCAAUGCACGCCAAGAGCACUCCACACACUCCCAGUCCGAGCACUCGGGGAAGUUUGGCUGACAUCACAGCACAGGCAGCCAUAAUGCAGGAGACGCUCGAGUCGUCAAUGAUAUUCUCCGACAGCACCGUUAGUUUGAAUAGUCUCGACAUCAAUGAAGAAACAGUUGCCAAACUUGCCGUUCAAUCCGAUACUGACGGACAGAAUUUGAAUCACAAAUCGAUUCUAAGGCACAGACAUCGAGACAAUCCAUUCAAACGAAGAGUUUCAUUACAAGAAGUCUCGUCCGAGUCAUCAAUAAUUCCGUUUUUAGAUUUAUCUUUAAAUGAGAAUCAACUCAAAUGA